AUGAGAGAACCAGUAAUAGAUCAGCACUCUGUGAUUCACUCCUCGACAGGAAUGUUAGACCACUAUGACGAUGUGAAUACAGAAUCUUCACCAAAUAUGGAAAUGAAAGAUCUAAAAAAAGAGGAACAAAAGACCAUGCUCAAUCAUGAACAACAACACUCCAAUCAUCUCGAUGAUUCUCCAAUCAUGACAAUAUCCGAUGCACAAUCUACCACUUCCCAUUCUAGAAAAUCACGCAACUCUCUAAUUCUGCUAUUCAUCGAGAUGAAAAAGUAUUUUAUUGAACUAUUUACUGGAAUUGUCUUCUUUUCAAAGAAUCCUUUAAUUUUCACAUCCACCAUGGUCAAGGCAUUUGCUGGAUUUUUCUGGUUUGGUUGUGAAAUUAUUUUAAUUCAUCUCGUUUAUCAAGUAUUGGCCAAGAACGAUAAGAGAAUGGGAGGAAUAUAUUUUGGUGUUGCCAAAAUGUGGGCAGGAAUUGGGAGUGGUCUAUUUCCAGUCAUUGUUGAAAGACUUCUUCCAAAAACUUAUACCACACGUACACUGAGAGCCAUUCUCAUGUGUGCUGUCUUCUUAUUCCCAGUUUGUUUUUCAUUGUAUUACGUUUCAAUUAUAUUUGCAGUAGAAGAGGAUACACGAGUUCUUGGAUUUGCUGGAAUUUGUCUUUCACAUUUAAUUUUAGGAAUUUCAACAGGAAAUCUCUGGAGCUAUUCCAUCACUCAUUUACAAAUGGUGUGUCCCAAUGACUUUCUAGGAAGAGCCAUGGCCUUAGAUAUGGGAUUCUUUUUAAACAUUUCAGAUUUAAUUGCCGUCUUUACAUACGGAGUGAUCUUGACAGAUAUUUUCAAAUUCAGUGCCAGUCGUUUGGUAUUGUUUCAAUUGGUCACUAGUGUUGGAGCGGGUUGUUUGUUUGCUGUAUGGUUUUUCAUUUUCAGAAAGAAUGUCAAAUCGAGACAAGAUUAUUUGCAAGAAGUGUCUACAUAA